UCGGUGUUCAUAUUUAUAUAUAAAGAAGGAAAGACCUCUUGCAAUACCUCUCAAAACGCCUUCAGAAACUGAGAGAGAGAGAGAGAGAGAGGGGCAUAGAGGAAGCCAGCACAAGAAAUGAAGGAGAGCGACAACAACAAAAUGGAAGAAGAGAAGUAUAUGGGUGCUCCGAUUCACAGUCAGGUAAUGAAGAUCAAGCAAGAGAUGGAGAAGAUCAGCCACCCGUCUCUGCAGCAGCCUGAGGUGAGGCGUGUCUUCCGUGACAUCACCCGGCAGCGCUCUCGCUCUCCGUUGGGAUUAGCUGAUAGGCCUAUCUCAGUUGCCAACUCCUAGAAUCUUCCCACCACAUGGAUUGCAGAUCUUAGUCUUUUCGUCUUUUUUUUUUUUUUUUUUUUUUUUACCUCUUGUUCUUGACAUCUUGCUGUCUUGUUCAGCUACCCACCAGUUUCUAUGAUUUUGUUGUUGUAUAUAUAUCUUGUGGAGCAGGAUGUGGUGGCUACUUUCUGAUUAAUUUCUAAAAUUUGAAGGAUUCACUCCAACACUAGUUUUUCGUCCCUUUUAAUUUUGGACGGAUUGAUGAACUACUGGAAAUUUCUUCCAUCACUUUUCUCCUGUUUUCUUAUGCUUUGAACACAAAUUCCAUCUUCCUUAA